GUUUUUCUUGAAGCAAGUAAGAGCUAAAAGACUGUUUGGAUUUUGAAAUGCUGGACUCAGUUGAAAGAACAGCACAUUGAUUCUCAUAGGUUGAGUUGUCUUUCACCAUCCUUGUGUUUGAACUUGGAACAUCAUAUUCUUCAAUUUGAGGUUGUCAAGCAUGGGUUGCGGAUUUUGUGAGGCUGCUCUUUCUAACACAGUUGGAACACUGGUUGUGGACUGUGUGGUGAAGCCGGUAGGACGUCAACUUGAUUAUGUCCGUUGCUUUCAUGACAAUGUUGAAAAGCUCCGAGAGAAAAAGCGUGAACUUGCAGAUGCACGAGUUCGUCUACUACAUAAGAUUGAGGAUGCUAAAAAUCGGCUUCUACUAAUUGAAAAUGAUGUACAGAACUUGCAAUCAAGGGCAGACGAAACACUGUCGGAUAUGGGAACUCUGGAGGAGGAAAUCCAACUGAAUAAGAGGUGUCUCAACUGGUGUCCUAAUUGGAGUUGGAGAUAUCAAUUAAGCAAGAAAGCAAUGAAGAAAAUCCAGGAUAUCUCUGAGCUUUUGGACAAAUUUGGUCAACUUGGACCCGUCGGUUACCCUGCACCUACUGCCCUUCCCACCAUAGAUUUCCUAUGUUCUAAGGAAUUUGUGUUUUCGAAAUCUUCAGAGACUGCAUUUUAUCAAAUCAUUGAAGCCUUAAAAGAUGAGAAUAUCAACAUGAUUGGGUUGUGGGGGAUGGGAGGGGUGGGCAAGACCACCCUGGCUCGUGAAGUUGGAAGUCAAGCUCAAAAACUGAAAUUGUUUGACAAAGUUGUGAUAACGGUUGUGUCUCAAAAGCCAAAUUUUGAGAAAAUUGAAGAUGAAAUUGCACAAUACAUAGGCUUUGAUAUGAAGAAUGAACAAGGAAGAAGAUCCGAGCAAGAAUUAUGGUUAAGGCUGAAGAAUGAACCGAGGAUUCUUAUCAUCCUUGAUGAUAUUUGGGAAUCCAUCAACUUAAAGGAGAAGAUUGGAAUUCCAAUUGGGGAUGAUCAUAAAGGCUGCAAAGUUCUUUUAACAACACGCCGUCAACAAGUAUGUCAAGCUAUGGAUUGUCAAAACCUGGUACAACUUGGCUGUUUGAAUGAUGAUGAAGCUAGGACUCUGUUUGAAAAGAAAGCAGGUCUAGAUGACUUUUCUGAUGAUUCUAUUAAAAUCCGAGCAAAUCAAAUUGGCAAAAAAUGCGGGGGUUUGCCUAUAGCUAUAGUUCCCCUGGGAAGUGCCUUGAAAGGUAAAACCCAUUAUGAGUGGCAAGCUGCAUACCGGAGACUCAAAGAUCGUAGAUUGACUGAAAUUGAGGAUGUUAAUGAAGAAAAUGCCUAUGUAUGUCUUGAGGCGAGCUUCGACUACUUGAAGAAUAUGGAGACAAAGACAUGUUUCUUGUUGUGCUCUUUAUUUCCUGAAGAUGAUAAGAUUUAUGUUGAGAAUCGAUGAGUCUGUAGAUGCAUGCAAGCAACUACUUGAAGAUGUAGAAUCUCUUGAAUUGGGUUAUGUGGAGGGUCACCCAAACCUUAUUCCGAGCUUGGACUUGGGAUUUAGAAAGUUGACUUCUCUAGAUCUUCGAGGGUGCCAGUCUAUGCAAUGCUUAAUUGAUGCAUCAAAGCAGCAAGUGCCAAUCACUGCACUCUCUAAUUUGAGAAAGUUAUCAUUAAGUCGUAUGUUUCAUUUGGAAGAGAUGUGCAAUGCUCCCCAGCCGCAAGGUUUUUUACAAAAGCUUGAAGAGGUUAUAGUUUCAGGUUGUAGUGAGAUGCAAGUGUUAUUCCCAAUUGCUGAAUUGAGGAGCAUAGAACAAGAAGGGCCCAGUCGUUAUUUAAGCCUCCAAAGUCUGAAGAUUGUUAAAAUAUGGAGAAGCAAUAAUUUGAAAUAUAUCUUCCCAAUGUCAGUUGCUAAUAGCCUUGGGCAAUUGCAUACUUUGAAGAUAGAGAGUUGCUCGCAAUUGGAAGAUAUAAUCCAAGACCGACAAGUGGCAUACAAAUGUCUACUCCAAAGUC